CACUGCCUCCAAUUCUAAUUACACGUAAACUUAAAAGAACUCGCCGGCCACAAGAAAGAACGAAGAUAAGUCCAAGAUAAUGACAUCCAGAGACUGUUGGCCAGCCGUGCUGGCGUUCCUGGUCUUGGCAUUGACCGCCACGUCGGCGGACAAGCCGCCUCCACCGCCCUGCCGCGGCUGCAGCCAGCUGGUGGCAUCGUUCAAGGCGGGACUGGAGCGCACAAAGCGGGGCCAUGGAGGAGGCGACACGGCCUGGGAGGAGGAGAAGCUGCGCUCCUACAAGAGCAGCGAAGUGCGGCUAGUGGAGAUCCAGGAGAGGCUCUGCUCGGACCCCGAGGUGGUCAACAAGGAUCACUGUCACAACCUGGCCAACGAGCACGAAUCGCUGCUCGAGGAUUGGUUUACCCACAAGCAGACGGAGAGUCCCGACCUGCACGCCUGGCUGUGUAUCGAACAGCUAAGCGUCUGCUGCCCGCCAAACACAUACGGGGCGACCUGCCAGCCCUGUAGUGACUGCAAUGGAAAUGGCAAGUGCAAAGGUGCUGGGACGCGGAAAGGCAAUGGCAAGUGUCUGUGCGACGCCGGCUAUGCGGGACCCAAUUGCAACGAGUGCGGCCCGGAGCAUUAUGAAUCAUUCCGGGACGAAAGUAAGCUCCUGUGCACCCAGUGCCAUGCGGCAUGCGGCGAGGGUGGCUGCACUGGCGGUGGCCCAAAGAGCUGCCGCAAAUGCAAAGACGGUUGGAGUAUGGACUCAGAGGCAGGCUGUGUUGAUAUCAACGAGUGCCUGGAUCAGCAGCGAAGGCCAAACUCUUGCCGGCCACAACAGUUCUGUGUAAACAACGAGGGCUCCUUCAGCUGUCUGGAAUGCGAUCGAUCCUGCGACGGCUGCGAAGGCGACGGCCCCGACAUGUGCAAGAAAUGUGCCGAGGGCUACAAGCUCAAGGAUGGCAAGUGUCACGACCUUUCCUCGGAGCAACGCGACUCGUAUGUGAACUUUACGCGCCUGCUCACCUACUUUGGCAUGUGCGUGGCCACCUGCGUCAUAUUCCAGAGCUCCACCCACAUUGCCUGGGGCUGCAUUGUGGGAGCAGCGGUGGCCGUGUACAUAGCCGCCUCCGAGUACUGGCUGAACUCGGCGGGCGAGGGCGGCGGCGGCUUGCACAAGCCCGAGAUCGACACGAAGCAGCUGGAGGAACUGAUUAUGAAGUCCCUAUAGGCAAAAAAUCAGGGAAAUUAAGUUUAUUCUAUGAAUAAAUCGCACCAGGGCAUUGAUUGGAUCGACAGUCAGUAUUCUUCGUUCUAAUGGAAUUUAUGUAUAUUUUGCUUGCAGUCAGUAGCAGCGACGGUACAGAGGAGGAGUCCUCAGCGUCCCUGCACGACGAGGAGGAACUGUAGAUGGCACACACGCACACCUUUUGUAGUCAAUUUUAGUUUAAUCUAGAUCUUUAUAUUAUAAAUUUUUGUAAUUAAAUAUGAUUUGCCAAAGUGUAUUCACAAAAUCUUAUAAUUCCA